AAGAAACGAACUUACAAUAAUAAUCUUCAGUAUGGCGCUUCAAAGGAUAAAAUUGAAGAAAUUUUGAGAAUUGUGAAAAAUGAACACAUUGUGAGUAUCGGACGAAGCAGUAGUAGCAUUAGUGAUUUAUCGCUCAAAAGUGCUGAUCUUUUAUCAGAUAGUAAUUCAACAAGGAGUUCGGACAUUGUAUCGCCACAACAAAGUUCUCUUCUCUAUAACAGAGACAAAUGUCAAAAGAAGCCGAAGACCAGAAAAGUGUGGCCUAACGGUGGAGCAGAAUGGUUCGGGAAAGACAUUUUAACAAGUUUAAAAAUGGAUUCUACACCGUUUUGCAACAUUCAAGGUCCUAUUCAUGUGAAAAUGAAGCGAAAUAUUUCAAGAAAUAAAGAGCAUGAUUUUGUGAUCAAUGAAAAAAUCGAGAUUAUUGGUGAAGGACAUUACAACGAACAGCGUAUUUUUGCAACAAUUGAGCCGCAUAUGACAAGACAAGCUGAUGGACGGAAUGACGAUGUUUUAGCUGAAACACGUCAUAUCGUUACGCUUGUAGAAAAUGCAAUCAUUAUCGAAAGUCAAUCAAGAUUUUCAUUAUGUCGUCAAAAGAUGAAAAUACUUCACUUUGAAGCGAUAGAAACUGAAAAGACUGCUGAGAUAUUGGAAGAUGAUAGUGAAUUUGAAGAAAAGAUGAAGAAAAUAGUGGAAUUGAAAAGUGAUUCAAGCAAUGAUCAGAAUGUAAUAUACAGUCUAAGUGGACCUAUUAAUAUUCGUUGCAAUCAAGAAAUCUAUAUUCAACCUAAUUCAAAACUAUUAAAAAUUUAUGAAACUAUCAAGCUUCGAGCAAAUGAAAAUGAAAAUGAUCCAAAAGAACUACUAUAUCCCUCAAAUCGAAAUGCUUGUGUAAAGCGAUUUGAGUCAUCACCCUGUCGAUGUCUUCAACGGAUAUUUAUCGGCAAAGAUAUCAUACAAAUUGUGCGUGGAAUACGUAUCAGAAGCGAAAACGACGUAGCUGAAAUAUAUUCUACAUUGGAUGAAAAGACUGAGAAAAUUCCCGAAUGCAACAUUGUUGGACCACUUUUGGUGGAUACGACAGAACAAUAUUUGCGUACAAAAGCUGGUAUGAUAAUGACACAAGAAAUUAUCAAAAUUUAUGGUCAAAAUGAAUUUAACGAGGAGAAAAUAUUAGCUACGUUAAUUCCAGUUUCCAAACAUUCAGAAGUACAGAAAGAUUUGGAUUUUAUGCCAAAGAUGACAUCAGUUGCCGAUAUUGGUGAUGGAUUUGUUCAAAUUCGUGUCUGUCGUCUUUUCAAGACGCCUGAUUUGAUUUUAUUAGGUGAAAAGAAGAUGAAUUACGAUGUUCCUGAUAAUGUCACAUUUUUCAAAAAUAGAACGAAUGAUAAAAAUGAACAGAUACCAAUAACGCGAAUAAUUAAAAAAAACGCCCAAAAAUAUUCGCUGUUCGGUGCAAUUAAUAUUAAAUUGAAACAAUGGAUACGAUACCGUACUUCAGAAGCAUAUUCACUACGCGAAGAACUUGAACUGAGAUGUGCAAAUACAAAAAGCAAGGCUAAUAAGGAACUACAAAUGAAUUCUCGCCAAAUAUCGAACUCGUCAACGCAAGCAAUUCCGUUGCAAGUAAUGGAGAAAAUAUUUGUCGGGCAAAAUGUCGUUCGUAUUGUACGUGACACUCAAGUCACUUCUUCUACGUUUCCUGAAAAAAGCUUUGAAAUGAUUGAAUAUCGCAGACACCAACUUAAGAGCAGUGAUGAUCAAAGGAAACAAAAUGAAUCAAUCGAUGAUUUUAACAGUCGACGUGAGCAGUAA